CAUAGGAACUCGCCGCCUGCUCCGGCGCCGCAGCUGAAGCCGAGCUGCAUCCCGCCCCGGCUGUCCCCGCGAGCCCUGCUGCCGGGCCCGGGGGCCGGCAGAGCGGGCGCGGCCUCCGAAGCCGCGAGGGAGAGGACUAGCGCGGGGCGGCUGCAGCUCGGGCCUCGGGCCGCCCCCGCCCCCGCGCCGCUCCCUCCUCCGCGCCUCCGCAUCCCGGACCUGCGCCUGCUUUCGCUCCCGCCCGCCGCGGCCCCGGGCUCGCUUCGUCGCCACCACAGCCGCGGUUGCCUCCGCCUCCGCUCCGGCUGCGACCCCAGCCGAGACCGUGACCUCAGUCCCCGCCCCGCCCCCGCCCGCAGCCGGGCCAACUUGUGCCCAGGCCGGGACACCGGCGCCAGCCCCCAAGGCCCAGUCGUGGGGACCAUGCUGCCCAGCUCCAUCCAGAUUUCGGGGGAGCCGCUGUCAGGCGCCGAGGUGCGGGACAUCUGCCGCGGCCUGCGCGACAACGCCGUGCGCCUGCUCUCGCUGCGCGGCUGUCGCCUGUGCGACCGCGACUUCGGCCGCAUCUGCCGGGCCCUAGCUGGAGCCACGUCCCUGGCGCAGCUCAACCUUAACCUGGGCGUCGUGUCCAGCCCCAGCCGCAUCAAGCAGCUGGCGGAAGCGCUACGGACCAACCGCUCCAUCCAGUCCCUCUUCCUGCAUGGGAGCCCACUGACAGAUGCGGGACUUGCCUUGCUGAACCCAGCCCUGGCUCUCCACCCUGCCCUCGUGGCUCUUGACCUGGGGGACUGCAUGCUAGGUGAUGAAGCCAUCAACCUUAUCUGUGGUCUCCUCCCUCCAGAUGGGGCCAAGUCUGGAAGGGGGACACUUAGGGACAGAGCCCAGUGGAAACACAGUGACCCAGGCAGGGGAGGAGUGAGUUUGAAGGAGCUAACACUGAGUGCCAACCCUGGCAUCACCCCCAAGGGCUGGAGCCGCCUCGCCAUUGCUGUGGCCCACAGCUCCCAAGUCCGCGUCCUCAACCUGGACUACAACCCCCUGGGUGACCAUGUGGCAGGGAUGCUGGCUGUAGCUGUGGCCUCAAGCCGGACCCUAGAAGUCCUAGACUUGGAGGGCACAGGGCUCACCAACCAGUCAGCUCAGACCCUGCUGGACAUGGUAGAAAAUUACCCAACAGCUUUGCGGAGCCUGGUGCUGGCCGAGAACAGCAUUAGCCCAGAGCUGCAGCAGCAGAUCUGUGACCUCCUCUCCGAGGGGGAGGAAGAGGAAGAGGUAGCAGGAGGGGCUGUGGACACACAGGAAUGGGGGCGAGCGCGGGAGCCUGUGGCCCACCAGCGGGGUGGCGGCUCCUGGAUGUGCCCCAGCGAUCCCAGCUCUCAGAUGGUGCUAAUGACGUCAGGACUAGGGGACAGUCUGCUGGCCGAGACCGAGAUGUGACCCUCCACUUGGGCUUCUGUGCAUCCUUGCAUCUGUCUGUGUCCCACCGCCUUCCUCCACAUGGCAGGGAGGCCCUGGCCGGGGCUCUGGCAGUCCGUAGUUGUGGGAGGCUCUGGAAGCUGUCACUGGGCGUCAGCCUUGAGGGGUGGGGGGGACUUGAACUUUGAACUUGUUGGCAGCUCUGGCUGCAACCCGCUGGCUCGGAACAGAUUUUAUAAACUCUACAACCUGG